UAAUUGUUGUCGUCGAGUCGAGUCAAGUCAUUGAAAUGCAAGCAAAAGACAAUGGAAGGAGGCUACCAUGGUACCGUACACGACAGCACACAAGAGAUUGGAUGCUUCAAUUGGAUCAUUCAUGCCCCCUUGUUAUUCCUAAUGUUUGCUUGGUGAUUCCUGUGUUGGUACUCAUUUGCUUGUGUUAUUGAAAGAGCGAAAGAAGAAAGAUGAAUCUAUUGCUCCGUCCACUAACGGUCCUCUCUUGUCUCGGCUUGUUGGUUCGGGCCCGAAUCAAUGGUCCUCGGUCUCUCCAGUUGUUGUCCGCCGAAACUCAGGCAGCUGUGGACUUGAUAUUGAAUCCGCCCGUUGCCGAUGUCGUGGUGGACGAUGGAACGCCAUUAGAGCUUUGUCAGGGUCACUGUGACGAAGAUGAGGAUUGCCUUGGGGAUCUGAUUUGUAUGCAACGCAACGAGGGUGAUCCAAUUCCUGGCUGUUCCAUUGAUGCAUCUAGCAUUCCUGAUGAAGGUAGUGGUUACGAGAGUGUUGGGAGCGUUAGCAUCAGCAUUGCUCGCAACUCAAAAGCCGCCGUACGUUCCACGGAUGUAAGUGGCAACUUUUGCGGGUAUCCCUUUGCAAGCGUUGUGGGAGACGGUCUGAUCCCCGAUGAAGGAGAUGUCGUGGGAGAUGCCUUGCUGGAACUGUGUGAAGGAUCCUGUACCAGUGACGGCAUGUGCGCGGAGGGGUUGAUCUGUUAUGCACGUGGCAUCACGGACCCUGUUCCCGGCUGCAAUGUGCAAGGUGAAGCUGGUGUAGAGGGGCACUUUUGCGUCCUAGAAAUCUACCAGGGCGCCGAGAGUUCAUUGAAUGCUCCUACUCCAGCACCCACGAAUGCUCCAACGCAAUCACCCACGAGCGGUCCAACUCAAACACCCACGGCACCAAUCCCAGAAAUGGAAACGACUACUGCGUCCAAUUCCACAGUGGACAUGUCAACUUCCAAUUCGACCAUUGACGACGACGAUUCCACUGAACCCCCUGAAACGACAGCAUCGCCAACAUCUGAGCCCACAGAAAUGCCCGUGGAAACACCCCAGCCAACAACUUCUCCCGUAGACACACCCGUCCCAACCAUCCCUCCAACUCUUACAUCAACAAGCGCGCCAGCAGCAGCCACUCCCGUUCCCACCGUGGCCCCCACUCCAGAUCCUACAGCAGCACCCGUGACACCGGCACCAACCACACCAGUGGGACCGACCCUACGUCCGACGGUUGGUCCGGGUCCUGCGACGGCUGCCAUUGGCACAUACGACAACCUGGAUUGGUGGGAACUACCCCUCAAUGUCCGUCAAGCGGCGGAAGUGAUUGGAUACGACGAGGAAUCUUGGAAAUUCGUCAACGACGAAACAGUCGUGCUGGACAUUGAUUCGCAGGCGUGGAUUCAACUCACGGUGGAAGAACAAGCCGCACUCACCGUGUUUGGCUACGACGAAGCUUCGUGGGAUGGCGAGGAUGCCUGGAGUCAACUUUCGGAUGUGGAGCGAGCGGCUGCCCAAGCCCUUGGAUACGAUCAGAAUUCGUGGGACUAUGAAAUCCCCGUGGCAGUCGAUAAUCUGUGUUGGGUGGAACUCACAUCGGAACAGCAGGAAGCGGCAGGAGUGCUGGGAUAUGACAUGGUAUUGUGGGAUCAAGGUGAAUGCUAGCUGCAGGAUGAUAACAAUUUUGUAUCGAGUGGAAGAACACACUGGCGUAUUAAGCUAACUGUAAAGUACUGUAAGACAGAUACGGAGAGCGGAUCAUGCUGGGACAUUGAAAGAUUCAAAAUAGCAGGCAGUACCAGGAGACGAAUGGUUGAACGUCAAUCG